AUGUUUACUCUAAUCAGUGCGACACCAUCUCCUUAUGCUCGCAAAGUCCGCAUUGCACUCGCUGAGAAACACAUACCCUUCACUCUUCAGACCGAAGUUCCAUGGGAUGGCACAACCAAAACACCACGAUACAAUCCACUCGAAAAGCUCCCAGUCUUGAUUCUCGACGAUGGAAAAUCUGCUGUCUACGAGUCUAGCUAUAUUCUCGAAUGGCUAGAGGCAAAAUAUCCAGAGACACCCCUUCUUCCUGGUAUUGAUCAAGUCGACGCCAGAUUGUUUGCUAAGAGGAUUGAGGUUGUGGUCGACGGCGUUUGUGAUGCCCUCGUACUCGCCUUCUUCGAGAAGAUGAGAGAGCCUGAGAAGCGUUCGCAACCAUGGAUUGACAGGCAAAUGAGAAAAGUUGAAGGUGGCCUGAAGGCGUUGGGAGAAUGGGCAGACCAAAAGCAGGGAGACUAUCUUGUCGGCGACAAGCUCGGACUGGCAGAUAUUGCUGUUGGCUCUCUAUGUGGCUACCUUGACUGCAGAUGGCCAAGCCAUACUUGGGCAGACACCUACCCUGCCCUGAAGAAGCAUUGGCAGAUGCUAGAAGAGCUUCCUAGCUUCCAAGACACGAGACCAAGCCCACAAACCAUGAAAGAUAAGGUAGUUUGA